GCGCCUGGAAUGCGGUAGCAGCUGACGGGGAAGAGGCGGGACUUGUAUUUUAAAGCUUUGACGUCAGAGACGGCUGUUUUGCGCUUGUGCUACUUGGUCAACCGGCUGCUCUGUGGAACCGGGGCCCCGGGUUUUGAUUGAGACGGACCGCGCGAGCACAAACAGAUGUGUUACAUGAAACUGUUACACGUAUGAUCAGCCACCUUUGCUGCCAACUAACCUGGGACUUUAUGAAGAUUCCUUUUAGGUAACUAACUGGCCAAAAAGAACCAGCAACCAUGGUGCAGAAAUACCAGUCGCCCGUCCGUGUGUAUAAAUACAGCUUUGAGAUGAUUAUGGCUGCAUAUGAGCGGCGUUUCCCCACUUGUCCCCUUAUCCCCAUGUUUGUUGGCAGUGACAUAAUGAACGAGUACAAGAGCGAGGAUGGAGCAGUACAUAUCGUUGAGAGGCGCUGCAAGCUGGAUGUGGACGCUCCGCGUCUCUUGAAGAAAAUUGCUGGCGUGGAUUAUGUUUACUUUAUCCAGAAAAACUCUUUAAAUCGACAGGAGCGUACUCUGCACAUUGAGGCUUACAAUGAGACUUUCUCUAGCAGGAUUAUAGUUAAUGAGCACUGCUGUUACACUGUACACCCUGAUAAUGAAAACUGGACUUGCUUCGAACAGUCGGCCAGCCUGGACAUCAAGUCCUUCUUUGGAUUUGAGAGCACUGUGGAAAAAAUUGCAAUGAAGCAGUACACAACAAAUAUAAAAAAGGGUAAAGAAAUCAUUGAGUAUUACUUGAACCAUAUGGAGCAGGAGGGAAUCACCUCCAUGCCUCGCUGGACUCCAGAAAUCGCUCAGCAACAAGAAACCGAAACGGAUACCUCAGGCCGGGCCAUGUCUCCUCCUCAGAGCAUACCCACCAAAUCUGCCGAUGGGCCCAGCAGCAAGGAUGGCUUACCAUCCAGUCCCACUGCUGCAACCCAUGAAAUGAGCAGCACACCUGAUGACAAACUGGAUGCAGAUUAUAUUAAGCGUUACUUGGGAGAUCUCACCCCUCUGCAGGAAAGCUGCCUAAUCCGCCUGCGUCAGUGGCUACAGGAAACACACAAGGGCAAAAUUCCCAAAGACGAGCACAUUUUGAGAUUUUUGCGAGCACGGGACUUCAAUAUCGACAAAGCUCGAGAAAUCCUCUGCCAAUCCCUCACCUGGAGAAAGCAACACCAUGUGGAUUACCUGCUGAGCACAUGGGACCCUCCCCAGGUGUUGCAUGAUCAUUAUGCUGGAGGCUGGCACCACCAUGACCGAGAUGGCCGCCCACUGUACUUGUUGCGGCUUGGACAGAUGGAUACCAAGGGUCUGGUCAGAGCACUUGGGGAAGAAUCCCUCCUCCGACAUGUGCUGUCUAUCAACGAGGAAGGGCUGAGGCGUUGUGAAGAGAACACUAAAAUCUUUGGACGCCCCAUUAGCUCUUGGACCUGUCUAGUUGAUCUGGAAGGUCUAAACAUGAGGCAUCUGUGGAGGCCGGGAGUCAAAGCUUUGUUGCGCAUUAUUGAGGUGGUUGAAGCAAAUUACCCAGAGACCCUGGGUCGGUUACUGAUCCUGCGGGCUCCCAGAGUCUUCCCAGUGCUUUGGACUCUGGUCAGUCCCUUUAUUGAUGAGAAUACCAGAAAGAAAUUUCUUAUUUAUGCUGGGAAUGAUUACCAAGGCCCAGGCGGGCUGAUCGAUUACAUUGACAAAGAGGUCAUUCCUGACUUCCUGGGAGGGGAGUGUAUGUGUGAAGUUCCGGAGGGUGGACUGGUCCCCAAGGCCCUCUACAGGACUCCAGAGGAACUGGAGAACGAUGAUAUCCGAUUGUGGACAGAGACCAUAUAUCAAUCUGCCAGUGUAUUUAAAGGCUCACCACAUGAGAUGUUGAUUCAGAUAGUUGAUGCCUCCUCCGUCAUCACCUGGGAUUUUGAUGUGUGUAAAGGGGAUAUUGUGUUUAAUAUCUACCAUUCCAAACGGGCCCCCCAGGCGCCCAAGAGGGACACACUUGGAGCCCAUGGCAUCACAUCUCCCGUGGGCAACAAUGUGCAGCUGAUUGACAAGGCUUGGCAGUUGGGACGGGAUUACAGUAUGGUGGAGUCUCCGCUGAUCUGCAAGGAAGGAGAGAGUGUGCAGGGCUCCCAUGUGACCCGCUGGCCGGGUUUUUACAUCCUGCAGUGGAAGUUCCACAGUAUGGCAGCCUGCGCCAGCAGUAGUCUUCCUCGUGUGGAGGAUGUGCUCGCCUCCCUUCAAGUCUCCUCCCACAAGUGCAAAGUCAUGUAUUACACCGAGAUCAUUGGCUCAGAGGAUUUCAGGGGCUCCAUGACCAGCCUGGAAUCCAGCCAUAGUGGCUUCUCUCAGCUCAGCGCUGCCACCACCUCCUCCAGCCAGUCUCACUCCAGUUCCAUGGUUUCCAGAGAGCCCCUCCCUCUGUCUGAGUCAGCGAUCCCCUCUCUUGUUCACCCCCAAGACCUGAAGUCCAAUCCGGAUGGACUCCUCCGUCUUACCCCCUCCUUCUGGGGCCAGCACUUUUCUACUCUCUACACUCUCAGGCCCCCCCUCUUCCUGCGCUGGCCUCCGUCCUGGCGCCUCCCAUUCAUCCGGGAGCCUGGGGGUCCUCCUGCCAUCGAAACAGAGAGCACCGACGAUUCCUGAGGUUGUGAUUGGAUGGAGUAGGCCAUCUGUUUUAAGGGGUUCAUACCCAAGACUCCAGCCGUCUCUCAGGUGCUGCUCUCUCCUACAGAAGAAAGGCACCCCAACAUGGAACUGUUACAUUGUGGUUGUGUCUUUAUUUUUCCCAUUCUAGGAGUGGGCAUGUGAUACUUGGUCACUCCAUACUCUUGCACUUACCUGAGAGCUGUGAUAUCAUUAGGCAAUACACAGAGUAUUAGUGCAUGCAGGAGUAGGUAAGAUCAGUCAGGACACAAAAGGGCACGGGCUAGUAAAACAAACUACACUUCAUUUCUUGAGCCAUAGGCUUUUACCAAACUCUGAGUGGCAUAACUACCCUCUGUAGACUGUCCUAGUCCCAACAGCAUGUAGUAACCUGCACCUAUAAACAAUGGACUCCACCUCCUUUGCCUCUCUCCACGGGCUGAACUCCUGACAGCCUGGAAGAGGUACAAGUGGGCUCAUGGCAUGUUCGGCCAUUUCUAGUGACUUGCUUUUGGGGAAAGUGUAGUCCGAUAUGACUGUAAGAGUUAAAAGGCCAAGUCACUUGGCUCCGAACUAAAAGUGGUAAAUCUGCCCCAGUAAAAAUCCUUAUGCAGGGUUAUGUGUCCUUGUUAUAUAAGUCCCUAAACUUCUCCUUGUCCUGUUUAGCCCAGAGAAUAAAUUACUUCACAUGUGCCACCUGGCUUCAGGUAUUGUAAUAAGGGGGGGGGGGUGUCAUACUGCUUAAUAACAUACGGGGGCACCAGCAUGCUGUUCAGCCAUCACUACAACUGCAUGUCCAAAACCUUUUCUAGUACCAAUCAAUUUCUCAUUGUGAUGCAGACGUCACUUUAAUCCUAAAUAUAAGGGCUGAUUACUCAAGUGCAAGGGCUGUGCCCUGAUACACACCCCCCUUACGCUUGUCCCACCACUCACAUGAGAACCUGCAUCGCUGACCAACACCCUCCCACAGGAGUUUGUGUGGAUGGGGGAUUUUUUUUUUAAAGCACAUUAUCUAUUGGUAGUGGGGUAGAUACCAUUCCUGUAUCUGGGGGAUCCUCACUGUCUGGCACUGGAAGGGAUUGAUCCAAGAAGGUCCAACCUGCUGAUGUCCACUGUAGUUCAGCCACAACUGGAGGGCAGCAGGCUAACUCCUCUGGAUAAAUACCAACACUUAUCUCUCCCCUUUUUAUUUUUUUUUCUCUUAAUUCUGCCUCUGCGUUUCUUUUUAUAUAAAUCAAACACACUGAUGCAUAUCAGUCUUCUGCUAUUGACUUCAACUCGGGACCUCACUCUCCCUUGUAUAGCCAUUCAUUUAACCUACAUGUAUCCUUUUUAAAUGUAUUUUUUAAAAACAUUGACUGUAAUAAACAUUGACACUGUGUAAAUAGA